AUGGCUUCGAAUCGCUAUGGGGCUUCAGCAAAGUCUAGCACGGCCUUGACAGUCCUAGCCCGCGAGACGAUGUCUGGUUUACCUCUCCUACCUUCAAUUGAGCCUCCCAGUAGACUCGACACGCUGCUGAACGCGUCCCCAGCUUCACUUCUUAACUCCCUUCGAAUGUCUCUUAGAUUUGGGCAGUUCACCAGCUCGUGGGUGACUGUCUCUUGCGCGCCGUUUGCAGUGGACGCUCUCAGGCUUGAGCUAGUUGGAAAUUCAGGUCCCCACCCAACCAUUGUUGACCUCCCUGGGCUAAAAUUAUUCGCGGAGUAUGAAGAAGACGUGAAGUCAUACCGGCCAUCAGCGACGUUGACACCCAAGGGUAUCAUCCAGCGUGCACGACAUUUUGACGAGGAUGGUCUCCGAACCGUCGGAAUAAUUACCAAGCUAAAUCCCAUCAACACUGGUACGGAGGCACGUAUCACUCGGCUUGCCAAUACGACUGCACCAAACUCAAACUUGGAUUUUGGUCCUGAAAAACCCCAACGCGACGGAGCUCAAGGCGGGUAUGACCACGGAAGAGCGACGCAAAAUGGAACUAGCCUAUCUUUCCACUGA